AUAGGGCAGUGGGUGAGCUCUCACAGAGGGGUUAAGACGCAGGUUUUGGGGUAAUAUACUACUGUAGAGAAACUUUGCAAUUUCAGCUCAAAAUCUCCAUCUAGUGUUCAACUUAGAAAAUGAUUAGAACCUGUGUUCUUGCUACCAAAUAUAUUACUUAUUGCAAACUACAUCCUGCAGAAUGACAGUAAAUAUUGAGCUAUUUACUAAAUGAGAAUUUAGCCAAGAGUAGAGCUGAAUUUGAGAAUUUCCCCUUUUGGCUGAUUUCACCUUAAAUUUUAAAUUCACUUUGAAUUCUCUCUUUAGAACUAACCCUGAAUGUAUUUUGGGAACUUUAUAAAUACUCACAUUGUUACACUUGCAAGAAAUUUCAGUUUAGUUAACAAUGGUUCAUGCUAAAAGUAAAUAUUAACAAAUCCGGAUUUUUCUUCUUUAGAAUGGCAAGCACAAUUCUGGGAGUUGGGACAGGUGUCUUUAUACUGGCUGUUAUUUGGGUGGUGACACUGCUGCUGUGCGUCUUUCUGUCUAGAGCGUCCGGUACUGCGAGAUUGUCUGCUGUUCUGGUGUUUCUCUUAGCAGUUAUCGUGACACUGAUUCUCGUAUUCUUCCCACGAGCGAGUGAAACGGCCGCCACAGUGAAAGAAAUUCAGAUUAUUGACACCUUUUUCAUUGGGCGCUAUUUCCUGAUUUCCAUUAUGAGUCUGAUCUUCCUCGGCAGCACUUUCUUGGCGCUUGUUUACAACAUUCUGGAGCCAGUCUACGCUAAACCUCUUCGGUUCCGUUAACUCUGACAUCAGUCAGAGAACUCAAGGGCCAUAAAGGCAUAUUUAAAUUAUGUAAUAACAAUAUUUUGAUUGGAAAGGUUUGCAGCCAGUAAACCAUAUUAUGCAGCAAAA